CUGAAACGACUGACAGCCGUCCAUCUGGUAUGUUCCCGGAAUAUCCCACCCAUCGGACGGUGAAGAUUCGAGAUCAGCUCGAAGUCCAAUUUAAUUCCGGCUAUAAUUACCCGGAGAAUCCUAUUCCGCUAGCGACGAAGAAAUAAGCCUCGUCUGAUUCCCCUCCUCUCCCUCUCGCGCGCUCUCUCUCUCUCUUCCCUCUCUACUUCGGUGCUCUAGGGUUAGCGUUUGUUGCUUGAUUCUUUGGUAAGGAACCAUGAUCGUCUACCAGGAUCUGCUCUCAGGUGACGAGCUCCUCUCAGACUCGUUCCCAUACAAGGAAAUCGAAAAUGGAAUGCUGUGGGAAGUUGAGGGGAAGUGGGUUGUUCAAGGAGCUGUAAAUGUAGACAUUGGUGCUAAUCCUUCUGCUGAAGGUGGUGAAGAAGAAGGGGUUGAUGAUCAGGCUCAGAAGGUGGUUGAUAUUGUUGACACCUUCCGCCUUCAGGAACAACCUGCCUUUGACAAGAAGCAAUUUGUGACUUAUAUGAAGCGUUAUAUUAAGCAAUUGACACCCAAGCUGGAUGAGGAGAAGCAGGAGCUCUUUAAGAAGCACAUUGAGGGAGCUACGAAGUAUUUACUCUCGAAGCUCAGUGACCUACAAUUAUAUUCCAGCCUUUUGAGGUCAAGGUACCAACCUCCCAGCAGAAUGGAUGUUGCCAGGCAGAAGUUUUGUGGGCGAGAGCUUGCAUGACGAUGGUAGCAUGGUCUUUGCAUACUACAAGGAGGGAGCCACUGAUCCAACAUUUUUGUACUUUGCCUAUGGAUUGAAGGAGGUCAAGUGCUAAGGAUGAUGUUGCCAGUCCCCAAGGGGAUGUUGCUUAGUUAAAUAGUACUGCCUUUAUCUCUGUCAGAAGACCUAUUAUGUUAUGCUGUUUAACAUUUUCUCUUUUUAUUUUCUCUCUUCAACUAACUGGUUUGAAUAAGUACUUGUUUGAGUUUUGCUUAAGAGUGUUUUGAUGAGUUUUUAAUGGAAUAUUAAGUACCGGUUGAGGAAUAAAAUAUCUUGCUGCUUUUUUCA